GAUUUCUAUUGGUCACUUCAAGGACGGAUUUGCAUCCAGUGCCAAAGAAUAUAUGCUCCUUAUUUUGCCAAGGUUAACUUGUGAAUUGGACAGUAAUUCAUUAUCAACCAUCUCAUUCUAAAAUUUCAUGGUUAUUACCCUAAAGGCGAUUAUCUCCAGGACAAUAUUUUUGAGUGUCAGUGAAGCGGUUUGUAAGGUCUCAUAGAAACUUCUAGUUGAAGACUGUAAAACUAAUUCAGAACCAAAUGUUACCUAAACAAUUACCCUACACCAGUGAUGACACUAAUAUCUCCGAGUCCACACUUAGCAAUCAUGGUUCGGAUUUAUUUUCUAACACACAACAGAUAAACCCAUCUUCAGUUAAUUCGAAUGCUCUUGACUCAAAUGUUAGUCCUGAAACCAACCACAACGGUAAACCUCUCUUAGUUGAAGCUGUCUCAUCACAAACUACAGAUAAUGCAGAAACUAUUUCUUAUCAGCUUCCCACUAACUCUGGUUAUGAGUCGUUAUCACUAAGUUCCAAGAAAGAUGACAUUAUUCCAAGUUCUGCAUUACUUCAGGAGAUUUCAGUGAAUAUAGACGCUUAUCAGCCUUCUAAUGAUUUGCCAGAUAACGAAAAUGUGUUAAGUGAUUCUGUUCACCAGUCUGACAACUUACUACUUCAUAAACAAGUCGAAACACUAACAUGUAAACUCAUGGCCUCGCAAGAUCAGAUUGAUCGACUUUUAGAAGAAAAACGUAUUUGGGUUGAAAAUAUGCAGCAUGCAAAUAAUUCUAAGGAAUCGAAUCAUCAAGUAACUCCAGGUGAGCUACGCGGAAGAUGGAUACAAGCUAAAAAUCUAGCUGAAACAUAUAAACGCGAAAAGGAAUCUAUGGUUAUUAAGUACGCUCAGAGUGAACAGAAACGAAUACAAUUAGAACAACAGAUUCACAGUCUGGAAUGUAAAAUAAGCCGUUUAUUUAAUUCAAAUAACUUCGAACAACAUCAACAGACGGAGGAAACUGAAAAGACUGAUGAUAGAGAUAAGUCUUCAGUGAAAAACCAACCUCAUAAAACAUCUGUGAUAAAUUCGUUUAUAGCAAACAAUGACUCCAAUGAGAAAUCUAACAUAGAACAUCUUCAAAAGGAUCUUGCUUUAGCUCGUGAGCAAAUCGAAAGCUUGUCUAAAAAGCAGUCCACUGAUGAGUCACGUAUCAGUACAUUAACGUCAAAGUUAUCUCAAGUUCAAGAGUCACUUAAAAGUGAGCAAAAGAAAUCUUCAUCGUUGAAUGAAAAUUUGAAUCGUGUUAACAAGUCUUUGGAAAAUGCACUAAAACAAGCAAAGGAGGCUGAACGUCUUCGUGAACGUGAAGCUGAACGCCUCUGUUCUGAAGUUGCACUCCAGGAAGCUCAGACUAGUUUAAAACAACUUAGAAUUGAAAACGACACUCUUAAGCAACAAUUGAAAGCAUUGGAAGAUGUAAAAAGUGAUCUUGAAAAAUCUCAAUCUCGUAUAGAUGAACUUACCAGUAAGUUAUCAUCCGCAAAUGAUUUGACAUUAGAGUUACAAUCAUGUAAACGUCGCGUUGACCAACUAUCAGAUUUUACACGUCGUCUAACUGAACGCCACGCAAAUCUACAAGCUGAGCAUCUAGUUACGCUCAGUUCACUAGAAGAAACUAAAAAUUUAUUAAUUGAGAAGGGUGACGAAAUUGUACAACUCAACGAGAAGCAUGAAAGUGAACGUAAAGAAUCAGAAGGGAAAAUGAAUACACUUCAGUGUGAACUCAAUGACUUAUCUGUAAAGUUGAACCAACUUAAUGAAUCAGAGAAUUGGCUUAAAAUUCAGUUAAAGGAAGAAAAAGAACGUGCUACAGCCAUUCGUAAACGUGAUGCUGCACGAAUUAAAGAUAUAUCUCGUGAAGUAACACGUUUAUCACAUUAUCAAAAUAAAACAAAUCAAUCAGACUGUUGUCAUCCAACAAUUAAUCCUCCAUCCGAUUUAGAAAAUGAAUCGAAUUCAAAAUCGUCUACGAAUUCUUUAGAUGGUUCACUGAAAUCUUUGGACCUAACUCAAAUUAUUUCCGAGCGAGAAAAUGAAAAACUUGUUAGUCCUGUGUCAACACUACCAAUGAAGAUUGCAAUAACUAACCAAUUAGAUGAUUGUUUAUCAUCGUCAGUUAACAAUAAUAAUAAAAUUGAUAAUUGUGAAUCAACCGUUGUUGAAAUAUCAUCUAACUUCAAUUGUUCAGAACGUGAUGUACUUCUAGAGAAAAUUGAUCGUCUUCAACGUAGUCAAGUAAAAUUAACAGAUAAAAUUGAAUUUUUUCAAGAACAUUGUUAUCAACUUACAGAAGAAUUAAAUAAAAAAAGUAAAGUUAUUCAGAAUCUCCUUGUUUCAAUCGAUAAAAAUUGUGGAUCAACAAAUUCAUUUAUUAAUGAUAAUAAUCAUAGUAACAGAAAAAUGUUAAAUGUUAGUCAGAAAUAUAAUUCGAUUAUAUCUUCAUUAUCUAGUGGCAGUGCCAAGACAAAAACUGCCGAUACAGGAUCAUGUCUUGGUGAUAAUACUCAAAAACUUCAAAAUUUACUAGAAGAUACAGUAUUUAAGAAUAUCACAUUGAAAGAAAGUUUAAAUAAAUUGGGCUUAGAAAUAUCCAGUUUACGUUUAACUCAUGGACGUAUACUAAACUCCGUUUGUGAUUUAUGUAAAAUAAUCAUUGAAGAUAUACUUACAGCAUCGGAAAAAUCUAUUCAUCAAUCACAACACUCAAACAAUCAUUCAGAAACGCAAUCAAAGUCAGAACCACCAAUAUUUCAAAAUGGUGGUGUCAAUGCAUAA